CGUCAGAUGACUACGUCAGACGUUCUGCUACGUCACUGUUACGUACGGAGCCGGUGCCAGUGGACCUGCAGUGAUUCAAUCAGACAACAGGGGGAUUGAGCAGCUCAGCACUCAGCGCUGUGUUAGAGAUGUCUGGUCGUGUGUACGCCAGCAUCCUUCAAAGAGCUUCCAGCUACACACUGUCUUCUGUCAGCCCAGUCCAGCAUGUCCACCUUGUAGCACUUCCCUCCCCAGUCCACCUCUGUCCCUCCUCAUCCUGGACCACCUUCAGAUCCGUCCACCUGCGCUCCAGUGGUGAGGGGUCAGCAAGCUGGUCUCAAAGAGGACAGAGCUUCUCCACUAAUCAGGAUCUAGACUUCCAGCUCAACCGGGUCCAAAUAAACAAUAUCCUGCGAUCUAAUGAGCAGAUUGUGAAUGUUCCAGAGUUUGAUGGCAGGGGACUCAGUUCUGUGACCAAGUUUGAGAGUAACCAGGUCGCUGCUAACACGCCUAAUGAGGACCGUCGCAGUGCAGCCACCUGCCUACAGUCAAAGGGCAUGCUCUUUGGAGUGUUUGACGGUCAUGGGGGUUGGGCGUGCGCCCAGGCUGUCAGUGAGCGACUGCUGUACUACAUAGCAGUUGCAAUGAUGCCACAGAAGUGCUUGGAGGAGCUUGAGAACUGCAUGGAGUACGGCAGACCUGUUCCUCCUAUCCUGCAGUGGUACAAACACCAUGCCGACUUCAACUAUCGGGAAUCUGCUUCGCUCUACAUCAACCACCUCAGAGUUUUCUGGCAAGAUUUACUGGAGAGUGAGGAUCAUGGUGAGGGCAUGAGUCCUUUGGAUGCUCUGGAAUGUGCUUUCAAGCGUCUCGAUGCUGACAUCUCCUUGGAGGCCCAAGUCCCUCUGUCCAAUGACCUGAUGAAAAGCACGGCCAUCCAGGUGGCGUUUGCCGGUUGCACUGCCUGUGUGGCUCACGUUGGCACAGAAGGGAUCCAUGUGGCAAAUGCUGGAGACUGCCGAGCAGUACUGGGGGUGCAGGAGGAGGACGGUUCAUGGAGCGCUUUACCUCUGUCACAGGACCAUAACUCGGAAAACCAGGCUGAGAUGGAGCGAAUCAAAGCCCAGCACCCACCGUCAGAGAGAGACACAGUGGUCACAGAGGAUAGACUGCUGGGGAUUCUGAUGCCCCUGCGUGCUUUCGGUGACGUGAGAUUCAAGUGGAGCUGUGAGUUGCAGCAGAGCAUUUUGGCCAACCUGGAAUCUGGAGUGGAUCUGGACUCUCUCAACCUGUACCAGUACACUCCACCUAACUACCUAACUCCACCCUACCUGGACGUGACACCUGAGAUAACGUAUCACAAGCUCAGACCUCAGGACCGCUUCCUGAUUCUCGGCACUGAUGGGCUGUGGGAUGAGCUUGGAAACGAGGAGGCUGUGCGACUGGUUGGAGAGCACCUGAGUGGGAUUCACCUGCAGGCUCCAGUUUCUCCGUCUGAGAGGCUGCUGAAAUUGGGUCCCAUGCUUGAACUCUUGCUGAAACGCCGGGCCCGUGCCACCCCCGCCCUGGACACUAACGCUGCCACGCACCUCAUCAGACAUGCCCUUGGCACAGGGGAGUAUGGAGAGCUUUGCCAGGGGAGACUGGCCUCUAUGCUUUCUCUGCCAGAGGACCUGGCUCGAAUGUACAGGGACGACAUCACUGCGACUGUGGUGUAUCUGAACUCUGACCUGGCCAGACCUUGCCACAGCUAACACAACCAUUUUCUCUCACAGUGGUGGGCAGAGACAGAAACUAUCAUCGGGGGUGCAAAUGUUAAUCAUUACAACCUGUUACAUACAUUGAUUUAGAAAUCCUUUUAAAGGUUCAGUGUGUAGAAUUUAGUGAUAUCGAGUGUUGAAGUUGCAUUUUGCCGCUGAACACCCCUCACCUCACCCUCUCCUUCCAAACAUGAAAAAGAACCUGUGGUAGCUUCAGCUUUAAUAAAAACUCAAAAGGUUUUUAGUUUGUCCAGUGUGGACUAAUGUAAAAACAUGGCCGCCUCCGUAGAGAGGACCCCCCUCCAUGUAAAUAUAAGUGUAAAAAGUAUUUGAAUAUAAAGGGCCUUUUCUAGGGUAAAGAAAACUACAAUUCAUACAAUUUAGAAGAAAUAAACUAGUGAAAACAUCAUGAGGAUUAUUCUACAUUAAAUUUCUGCCAAUAGUUCCCUUUCACCUAAAUCUUACACACUGGACCUUUAACUGAAGGGACAGGUUACUUUGAAUAUCACUGUUCCACAGAUUUAACACAGGUUACAUAUUCAUGUCCAAAAAUACUAAUUUUUGAAUUCAUGAAGGACAUUUUAUAUCUAACUUACACGUUAGUGGAAAUGUUGACUGAAUACAAAGCUACAUAAUAUUGCACACUUUGUCUGCAUUGUUGUCUUGCACAGUUGCUUUAGACAAUCCAUCUUUGUCUUUUUAUGUCCUGUUUACCUCUAUGUAAAAUGUGAAGUAUACUAAUCUUUGUGAAAGUGUACAGUCUGUAAUGUGAUAGUCAGAUGUAUUUAAGUCGAUACUGGGAGAGAUGCACAUGCUUCAUAUUAAACAAAUGAGACAAUUUUA